UUGACAGCAAAAAGAAAAAACUAAUAGCUUGUUAGAUGUUAUAUAAUAAACCGAACUUCAUCUCCCUUCCCGCACUUUCCCUUCAAAAGAUGGGUAGUGAAUAUCACACUUCACACAUUUUUUUCUUUCCUUUUCUUGCUCGAGGUCAUGUGAUACCAAUGGUUGACAUGGCCAAAUUAUUUGCUGCAAAAGGUGUCAAAGCCACAAUUAUUACUACACCCCUCAAUAAACCUUGUAUCUCCAAAUCUAUAGAAAAAUCCAAACUUAGUGGCCACAAUAUUCAUAUCCAAACCAUAAAGUUUCCUAGCUCAGAGGCUGGUUUACCAGAUGGGUGUGAAAAUAUGGACUCAAUCCCUUCACCACAAUUCUUUCCUAAGUUUUGUAUGGCCACAAAGUUGUUACAAGAGCCACUUGAGCAACUACUACUUGAGCAACAUCCAGAUUGUGUUGUUUCUGACACGUUUUUCGCAUGGACAACUGAUUCAGCUGCUAAAUUUGGAAUUCCUAGACUUGUGUUUCAUGGUACUUGUUUCUUCUCCUUGUGUGCUGUAGAGUGUAUGAGACUCGAACCUUUCAAGAAUGUUUCUUUUGAUUCAGAACCCUUUGUUAUUUCUAAUCUUCCCGGUGAGAUUAAAAUGACAAGGCUGCAGAUGCCGCCUUUUGAGAUAUCAAAGGAAUUUGAAGGAAUGUCUAGGUUACUACAGGAAGCAAAGAAAGCAGAACUGAAGAGUUUUGGAGUGGUUGUAAACAGCUUCUAUGAACUUGAAAAUGUUUAUGCAGAGUAUUACAGGAAAGUACUUGGAAGAAAAGCUUGGCAUAUUGGUCCUUUAUCUCUUUGCAAUAAGGAUAUAGAGGAAAAAGCAAAUAGAGGAAGAGAAGAUUCUAUUCAUCACCAUGAGUGCCUAAAAUGGCUUGACAUGAAGAAACCUAAUUCAGUUGUUUAUAUAUGCUUUGGAAGUAUGGCGAAUUUCUUAAACUCUCAGCUUAAAGAAAUUGCUACGGGACUUGAAGCAUCCGGGCAAUUUUUUAUUUGGGUGGUGAGGAGAAGCAAAGAAGAUGGAGAAGAUUGGCUACCAGAAGGAUUUGAGAAAAGAAUGGAAGGAAAGGGACUAAUUAUAAGAGGUUGGUCGCCGCAAACGUUGAUUCUUGAACACGAAGCAAUUGGAGCAUUUGUGACUCAUUGUGGAUGGAAUUCAGUUUUAGAAGGUGUGGUUGCUGGGGUACCUAUCGUUACUUGGCCUGUUGCUGCUGAACAAUUUUACAAUGAGAAGUUGGUGAAUGAGGUACUUAAAAUUGGUGUACCUGUUGGAGUUAAAAAAUGGGUUGGAUUGGAGGGAGAUAAGUGUUCAAUGGAUGCACUGGAAAAAGCUGUGAAGAGGAUUAUGGAAGAUGAAGAAGUAGAGGAAAUGAGGAAAAGAGUGAAAUUGUUGUCAAAGUUAGCUAAGAGGUCUGUGGAAGAAGAAGGAUCAUCUUACUCAGAUUUGAGUGCUUUAAUAGAGGAGUUGGGUUUGCUUAGGCAUUGAAAUACCACACAACAAUGUUAUUUCUAUGCAUAUAUAUAUUGUGUGUAUCUUCUGUUAUGAAGUUGAUUUGUUAUCUCAAUAAUUUCAGUGAUUUGAGCUAAAAACAAAUAGUUAAUUCAAGUAUAUCACAACUGUGCAAACCAUCAUCAUUUGCCUCAAGUAGUGAUGGAAGCAUUAAUGUUGGUCCACCAUUAUUGUUACUCUCUCUUUAUUUUUCAGGAA